GCCCAACAGCUGGGUUAGGAAAGGGGCUGCAGGCAGAAGAGGAUGAGGGAAAAGGAGCCAGCCUCGUGAUCACCCCACCUCCGACGUGUCCCAGGAUCAGGGCUAGUUUUCUGAGGAUAGGUGAUUUCCAGUUUCCGAGACAGAAAUGGCAGACAAGACAGAGUGCCUUGGUUAAGAAAAAGAAAGACAAGUAGGAAGGAAAAUUAGCUCCUACCUUGAUCCCAACUAGUGCUGUGAACACAGGUGACAGGGAUGCACACUCUACCGUCAGGGACCUCAGAGCUGACUUAGGGAGACUCCGAGCCGGGCAGGGUGUUGCACCAGAGAACUGCAGCAGACAGAGGUGGAGAUUGAGGAAGCAGGGGCCACCAGCUGCCUGGGGUGGUGUUGGGCAGAUCUUGAAGGAUGAGUAGGAGUUUGCCGGGUCAGAGGGGGUUUCCCGAGGGCAUUGUAGGCAGUGGGAAAUGGUCGUGAGGAAGCAUAGAAUUCAGGGGUAGAAGACAGGCGGCUGCACAUAGGUUUGUGUUGUUGUAAGGCGGAUGCGAAGGAAGGAUGGCACAGACCGGGAAGACGGGUACAGAGGAAAUGGGACUGGCGCCAGCAGCAAAUAUGAAGGGCAAACCCUCGGCACAGACCCGAGGGGACGGAGGCCCUGGGCAUCGCAGGUCACCGGGGAUGGAUGACAGCAGAGCUGGGUGAGGGGGAGAUGGGCGGGGGGGAAGCCCGCCAGCGGCGAAGAGAGAAAGCCCAGCCUCCGCCGGCGUUCCAGGCGACCUGGCCGACCUCCCAGACGGGCUGGGCGGGCACCGACGGAACGGCCCCGCCGGCCCUGCGCGCGCGAGGUUCCUGGAGACAGGCCCGACCGAGAUGCGGCUGCUGCUGCUGCUGGUGCCCCUGCUGCUGGCCCCCGUGCCCGGGUCCUCGGCUCCCCAGGUGAGGCGGCAGAGUGACACCUGGGGCUCCUGGGGUAACUGGAGCCCCUGCAGCCGGACCUGUGGAGGGGGCGUCAGCUUCCGGGAGCGCCUCUGCUACACCCAGAGGAGAGAUGGCGGCUCCAGCUGCGUGGGUCCCACCCGGAGCCACCGCUCUUGCCGCACGGAGAGCUGCCCGGACGGCGCCCGCGACUUCAGGGCGGAGCAGUGCGCGGAGUUCGACAGCCAGGAGUUCCAGGGGCGGCGCUACAAGUGGCUGCCCUACUACGGGGCCCCCAACAAAUGUGAGCUGAACUGCAUCCCCAAAGGGGAGAGCUUCUACUACAAGCACAAGGAGGCUGUUGUAGACGGGACACCCUGUGAACCUGGCAAACGGGACAUCUGUGUGGAUGGCAGCUGCCGGGUCGUCGGCUGUGACCACCACCUGGACUCACUGAAGCAGGAGGACAAGUGUCUGCAGUGUGGGGGUGACGGCACGACCUGCUACCCCGUCACGGGCGUCUUUGAGGCCAAUGACCUCAGCAGAGGCUACAACCAGAUCCUCAUCGUCCCCGUGGGGGCCACCAGCAUCCGCAUCGAGGAGGCAGCCGCCAGCAGGAAUUUCCUGGCGGUGAAGAGCAUCCGUGGUGAAUACUACCUCAACGGGCACUGGACCAUAGAGGACGCCCGCGCCCUGCCCGUGGCCAGCACCCUCCUGCACUACGAGCGGGGAGCGGAAGGGGACCUGGCGCCUGAGCGGCUCCACGCCCGCGGCCCCACCUCGGAGCCCCUGGUCAUUGAGCUCAUCAGCCAGGAGCCCAACCCGGGCGUGCGCUUUGAGUACCACCUGCCCCUGGGCGCCCCCCGGCCCGGCUUCAGCUGGAGCCACAGCUCGUGGGGUGACUGCAGCGCUGAAUGUGGUGGAGGUCAGCAGACCCGCUGGGUGUUCUGCACCAUGGACGACGAGGUCUAUCCCGAGCACCUGUGCCAAUCCCAGCCGCGGCCGGCUGACCGCCGCCCCUGCAGCUCGCAGCCCUGCCCACACACCAAGCGGACCUCUUACCUGCACCGGCCCAGAGCGUGGCACCUUGCUGGGGCCCAGCGUAUGUGCAGGAGCAGCUGGAAGACGGGGCCCUGGACCCUCUGCUCAGCCUCCUGUGGGGGCGGCUUCCAGUCCCGCUCCGUCUACUGCGUCUCAUUUGAUGGGGCCGGUGCCCAGGAGGCUGCCGAGGAUGCUGAGUGCGAGGGUCUGCCUGAGAAGCCCCCAGGCAGGCAGGCCUGCAACCUGCAGCGCUGCGCAGGCUGGAGUGUGGAGCCCUGGAGCGAGUGCUCUGUCAGCUGUGGUGCGGGAGUCCGGAGGCGGAGUGUCACCUGCCGGGGUGACGAGGGGUCUCUGCUCCACACCACGGCAUGCUCCUUGGAGGACCGUCCCCCGCUCACCGAGCCCUGUGUGCGAGACCACUGUCCCCUGCUCAGUGACCAGGCCUGGCACGUGGGCGCCUGGGGUCUAUGCUCCAAGAGCUGCCGCUCGGGCACUCGGAGGCGCCAGGUGGUCUGUGCCCUUGGGCCCCCCGGUCACUGCGGGAGCCUGCAGCCGUCCAAGCCCGCGGCCGUGGAGGCCUGCAACACACAGCCCUGCGAUCUCCCUCCAGAGGUCCCCAGCAUGCCGGAGGUGCACACCAGCCCCAGGGACCCCCGGAUGUCUUUGGGCCCACGGGAGGCCUCUGCCUCAGAUUUUAGAGACCAGUGGUGGGCACCCCAGGAGCAGCCCUCAGCGUGGGGUAACCCCAGAGGAGACCAAAGCCCACCCGUGUCAGCCCCGGGCCCCGCCCCAUCUCUGCAGCUCUCCUCGUAUGGGCAGCCUCUGCAGCCAGGCUCGGGGCCCCACGACUGCAGACAGAGCUCCCACGGGUGUUGCCCCGACGGCCACACUGCCUCCCUUGGGCCACAGUGGCAAGGCUGCCCUGGGGCCUCCUUGUGUCAGCAGAGCAGGUUCGGGUGCUGCCCUGACGGGGUGACCGUGGCCGAGGGGCCCCAUCAGGCGGGCUGCACGAGCUUUCACAGACGCGACGACGCCGGGGGCAGGCCGGGAUCGAGAGCAGCAGCCUCUGCAGUCCCCAGUGCCCACCGGCCCCAGGCCCAGCAGAAUGAGCCCAGCGAGUGCCGGGGCUCCCAGUUCGGCUGCUGCUAUGACCACGUGGCCUCCGCAGCGGGCCCCCUGGGGGAAGGCUGUGUGGGCCAGCCCAGCUCCGCGUACCCCGUGCGGUGCCUGCUGCCCAGCGCCCACGGCUCCUGCACCGACUGGGCCGCCCGCUGGUACUUCGUCGCCUCCGUGGGCCAGUGUAACCGCUUCUGGUACGGCGGCUGCCACGGCAACGCCAACAACUUUGCCUCAGAAGAAGAGUGUGUGAGCGCCUGCCGGGGACCCCAGCCCGGGGCCAGGACCUCUGGCCAGAGCACCCACGGAGAUGGUGGCGGCAGCGGUCCUGGGGGCCAGCAGGAGGCCGGCCAGCAGGAGCCCAGCCAGCAUGGGCCGGGGCCUGUGGUCCAGAGAAGACCCUUGCCUUCCGGUGGCCUCUGGUGGCGAGACCAAGAACCUGGGCUGGGGGUGAUGGACCACAGACAGGCCUUUGGAGAGGGGCCCUGGGGCCAGGAGACUGGGCCCAGUCCCCCUGGACUGAGCGGAGACGCAGGACGACCAGCGCCUCCUUCCCGUGGCUCCUCCUACAGGAUCACCCUGGCGGGCUCGGAGCCCUCCGUGGUGCAGGCGGCCCUGGGGCAGUUGGUGCGGCUCUUCUGCUCUGAGGACGGCUCCCCGGGCCCCCACUCCAGGUGGCAGAAAGACGGGCGGCCCGUCUCCUCUGACAGGCACCAGCUGCAGUCCGACGGCUCCCUGGUCAUCAGCCCCCUGAGGGCGGACGACGCCGGCACCUACAGCUGCGGCAGCCCCGGGCCGGACCAUCACUCUCAGCAGGUCCAGCUUCGCGUCACAGCAGGGGGUGACGUGGCCGUGCCUUCUGAGGCUGAACCGAGGCCCUUCCCCGAGACCAGGGACCCAGCCCAGGACCACAGGCCUCGGGACCCCAGCCUCGGGGGCCCCGCCACCGCCUCGCACCCGUGGCCCCUGACCAGGGUGCGUCUGGACCGGAGCCAGCCCGGGGUGCUGGAUGCCCAGCCGGGCCAGCGGGUCCGGCUGACCUGUCGUGCUGAGGGCUUCCCGCCCCCGACGAUCGAGUGGCAGAGAGACGGGCAGCCUCUCUCUUCCCCCAGACACCAGCUGCAGUCCGACGGCUCUCUGGUCAUCAGCCGCGUGGCUGUGGAGGACGGGGGCUUCUACACGUGUGUCGCGUUCAACGGGCAUGACCGGGACCAGCGCUGGGUCCAGCUCCGAGUGCUGGGGGAGCUGACCAUCACAGGGCUGCCCUCCACGAUGGCAGUGCAGGAAGGGGACACGGCCAGGCUGCUGUGUGUGGUGGCGGGAGAAAGCGUGAACAUCCGAUGGUCCAGGAACGGGCUGCCGGUGCGGGCCGACGGCCACCGCGUGCACCAGUCCCCGGAUGGCACGCUGCUGAUCCACAACCUGCGGGCCAGGGACGAGGGCUCCUACACGUGCAGCGCCUACCGUGGAAGCCAGGCCGUCAGCCGCAGCACCGAGGUGAAGGUGGUCCCGCCGGCACUGGCCACCCAGCCCCGGGACCCCAGCAGGGACUGUGUCGACCAGCCGGAGCUGGCCAACUGUGACCUGAUCUUGCAGGCCCGGCUCUGCGGAAACGAGUACUACUCCAGCUUCUGCUGCGCCAGCUGCUCCCGUGUCCAGCCGCCCGCGCAGCCCGUCUGGCAGCAGGGACACAGCUCAUAGCGCUGGGAGGAGGCGGCAGGCUCUCGGUCUCCCCUCUCUGGCUGGAGGAGGGAGUUCUCCGGAGACACUGGCCUGAUCCGAGCUGCCCUCCGCCGUGGAGCGCCAGCGGUGUCGGCUUCUCUGCCCCAACCACUGGUGCCUGCUGGGUUGUCAAGAAGUGGCGUCUUGUUUGCAAUAAGGACACCUUUCACUUGACAGUUUCUCUCUAUAGUUUGUUAUCCAGGAUCAGCUCACUGUUUUUAAAGCCAGCUAAAGCCAGCUACCAGGGUUCUCACAUUGCUGAAAGCUGGGUGGGGAGGUGUGUCCUGUCUGGGGAAGGUAACUGACUCCUGGUGUGUGUGUUAGGGAAACAUUCUUUGCUAGAACUAGGUCCCAUCUGGGGUCCAGAUGUGGUUCAUUGCUCCAGUCUCUCUAGCCCUUCCUAGGGAGUAUAGCGACCAGUUUCAGAUCCCAUCUGUGCCUAUGGUUAACUGCACAAAGUUGGUGAAAGCCGUCGGCAAAGUGGGAGAUAAUGAAAACUAAAAACCAGGCUAUUGUAAAACAUAGUACCAACAGGACCAGGUGGACCAGUGGAAGGAAGAGUGACGUUAAGAGCCGGAAGAGGGAAGUGGUUUCAGAGUUGGGAGAGGUCAUUCUUCCUCUCUCAGCCUCUUAAGGCCUUGAUGCUAAGACAAGAGGCUUGGUUUCAAUGAGCUUCCGAGUUCCUUUCCACUUUAACCUUCUACCAAUCCCCCAGAAGAAAGGCUGGGCUUAGUAACAGAGGUCUUUCUGGGACACAGGAAAAACCAGCAUUACCGGGACAGGUGAUUUCUAUUACCAACACUGGCUGGAAAAGAAACGAUUGCUUCAUGGGUGAGUGAUACUUCUUGGUCUACCUCUCAUUCAGCAACAGAAACAUGGGCCGGGACAGAGGUCUUUUUUUCUUUCCAGUUUUAAAAUACAUUGAGGUGCAUCCCCUUCCAUGUACCAUGGCUGGUUUGGUUGUAGAAAUUGGAAGGUAAGGGCCACUUUCUUGGACUCUGCUGUUCUCUAGUUAAAUCAGUAUUUGGCAAAUUGGUGGCACACUCCAGACCUUAGCUAGCUCUUGGAACUAGUCACAGAGUGGUGGGAUAAGGUGACCAGUGGUUCUCACAUGGGAGCUUUUUGAAGAACUGAACCUGGGGGGUCUCCUCCCUUGGAGAUUUUAAUUGGGCUGGAGUAUGGGCUGGAUAUGAGGACUUUUAAAAGCUCCCAGAUAACUUUAAUACAUAUCCACAGUUCAGAGUCACUGCUGCAACCCAACUUCUCAGACUGUAAGUCUUGUUAAAAUGCAGAUUCUGGGCUGGGGCGGAAGUUCUGUGUCUUUACACAACUGCCAGGUUCAAGUCUGCACUUGGAGCAGCAAGAACUUGACAUCAGAGAUGUGCUUAGGAAUGACCGGAGGCUCGAGUAUGAAUACAGAUAGGUAGGAACUUGAAGAGUAUGCCAGCCCCAAUGAAAGAUUUUCUAGCCAUCAAACUAGAGAUCUGCGGCAGCAGUAGAAUGGAGAAGAGGACAAGACCACAAGGAACUGAAACCCAUCUGCUAAUAGAGAAAAGGGCAAAGAACAGCUCUUCAUGGCAAAAGCUUCUACCACGAACAUUUAUUUUUGUUAAAGCAGAUUAUAAAUUCUCAUCAGUACAAAUAUAUAUAUAUAUAACUUACAUUUGAUUGUAAGGCCAACGUUCGAAAGUAAAAAUGAGAUGGGAUCUUAUGUUGUUACCAGAGGUCAAGUGGCUACAACUGGCAACAGGAUGUUCGGCUCACCACAAGGAGAGGGAUGGACACACGCACGCACGCACACACACACACGCAGUGCUAACAAGACUAGGACCUCCAUCCCCACAAAACUCAUGGGAACAAAACUUAAAAGGACAAAACAAAACCCACCAAGACCUACAGGACAACACGGUAACCUGCGUUCCCGUCUCAUGGAUAUGAUUACAUCACUGUCACCUUAGUGUUAAAGGAUUAACAUAAGGAAACUGCAGCAGUAUAGAAAAGAAAAUACAUUUUCUAUUUAGAUUGAACCCAUUGAAAUAAUGACAUUAGAAUUUCAUUACAGAUGUAAAACCAGGACAAUACUGCUUGCUCUUUAUUUAAAACUACUACCAAGCUGACCGUACUGGUCGUAAGCGUGAUUGUUGUUGCAGUGUGCUACUUACAGUAAAUGAUACCAAGUGAGCUAGGGAUCCCACCUGCAACUACCAGCCCUUCCUCUUUUUUACUUCAGUAGGCAUCAAUGAUAAAUCAAUCUUAUGUACAAUUUCUUACAGCUAACCCUUUUACCUUUGGCAAGAUUACUUACAACUCAUACAACUUUUUAAUAGUGAGAACUAUUUAAAAUAUUCUAAAUGCAUAAAAAUAAAGAUUUUGGCUUUUUGAUA